UUCUAUUUAUACAUUAAGAACAGAUGUACAUUUCUAUAUUUUUUACUUUCCUAAUUUAUAUAAUAAAAUCAAUAUACUCCCUCCUUAGUUCUCAUCCUUAUAACCAUAGUAACUAUUGUAAACAAAGCAAUAUACUGUAUCUGACAUCAGCUUGUUUCACUCGAACAAUAAAAGAAAAGAAUAAAAUAAAAAAUAUACUUAUCUUAUUUAUUUAGUUUUUAAGUCAUAUCAUCAUCAUUUUCAAUAUGAGUUGUAAUAAUUAUUACAAUGUAUAUAAUUUUAAUUAUCAUACGCCUACAGAGUGGCGAUAUAACAGUGAACAAGAAAUCACAGCAGCGGAAGAACAACGAGAAUUGGCCCAAAGGUUAACACUUGAAGCUGAUCGGUUAUUUGGCCAAGCUAAGGAUUCUGUAAUAAAAAAUAAAUUGGACAUUGACUACCAGUCUAAGGUGAUAAUCAAGGAUAUAGAGUACAAAUGUAAGGAAAUCGAAAAACAGAAAAACGAUCUGGAUGAAGAAAUUUGUUUGCUGUUGGGCUAUCAGGUGCGCAUUGACAAUGCCAACAAAUUGCUUGUCGGUGACGCGCUUGACGCUAUUGCUGAGUGUCUUAGAUUGAGAAAUUCUCGUCAGAGCAUAGAUUUGGUGUUUGACGAUGUCGAGAAAGAACUGUUACGAGAACGCGAACUGAUCUUGGGCAUCAACGAUAAACUUCAAGAUUUACAAGAUAAGGUCGUGCUACAGAUCAGGAAACUGAGAAAAUUCGUUUACAACUUAUCUGUAGAUUUUCAUUGUAAGAAAAAUGCGUUAAAAAUUGAAGAGCAAAACAAAAAUCUCAACGAAAACAUUGUUAAGAAAUCGAUUUUGAACAAUAAAAACAUAUUCAAACCUGCUACGAUUUCGACCACAGAAUGGGAUCAAUUCACAUUAGACAUAAUUUCGGCAGCUAAUAAAGUACUUGUGGAUGGACGACCCAUUCGUGCAUUUUUUGACAAGUGUCUGAAUAAAAUGUUUAAGGACUUGGUAGGCCAAUCGGCCGCAGUCGACUUAGCAUUUAAAUUGCGAGUGGAAGAAUACCUUGAAGUGAUUGAAAAAUUGAACAAACAAAGAGUCGAAACGAUCAAAAAUAUCGAAGAAGUACAAGAAACAAUCGAAAAAUUAAAAAAAGCUAUCGACGACAGGGAGGCAUGCUUAGCACUAGCUCACACGCGGUUGUUGAACCGGACACGCAGAGAAGGCGUCGAACUGUGCCGGGAUGAGCUGGAAUUGAGGUUGUUUGACGAGGUGGUUCAACUGGAAAACGACGUGAAAAGUCUGCAAAGUAUGAUGGCCGAAUCUGUGGAAUGCCGUAGACGUCUUAAACAGUCCACCGCCCGUAUUGAUGUGCAGCUGCAAGUCAAACAAAAUUCGUUCCGUAUCGAUAACGAGUUGUGUACCGAGCAACGGAAACGCGUCAACUACCGAGCUUUUUAAAGUACUCGUCGGACACGGAUCUAUACACUCAGAAAAAAAUUUCAUUUAAUUAAUGAAAAACGCAUUUAAAUCAAUGAAAAACUGGUAUGAUUUUGAUCCAAUGAAGUUAACUCAUUAUAUCCAGGUUAUUGAUUUCAUUGAAUUAAUGAAGCUCAUAAUUCUUGAAAAAUAAUAAAUUUUCCAUUAAAUUAAUUAUGACUAUAAACAAUUUAAAGAAAUUAUUUCUUUCAUAGUAAGAAAUCAUAUAAUAGAAACAAAUAUUAAUUGUAAUAAGAUUAAUACUACCACCUUUAAAUUAUAACCUUAAUAUUUUUAAACCAAAGAUGUAAUGUACUAGAUAAAAGUAAAUUUUCCUUCAAUAUAAUGAUUUUUUUUUUAAAGAAUGCAAAAAAUUCGAGCACCAUGUUCUUAUUAGGUACUAUUGCACCUACCUAUGCUUGGAAACCUAGCGCUAACACCUAUCGACUACAAUUUGAAUUGAUAUUUGAUGCCAAAUCUUAAGCAUUUAAGCCGUUAUUUCUGAGCUGCUUUUUUUAUUUUACGUUAAACAUUGUUUAGCUAUGCCUAUGCGAUUAGUAUAAUUCAUGUGUUAUUAAACUUGGAUAUUCUUAUUAAUUGUCUUUU